GUAACCAUGGAAGUGAAGUCUGUCUGACUCUCUAUAUUAAGGAAGCCCGCGGGAUUUGUUAGUCAGAAGCAAGAAUUGGAGCUACGAGAUCUAGAGACCAAAUAUAUUUACAUAAAAUAAAUCUACUAAUCUAAAAGCGACGUGCAGCAGCAACAAUCCACACCGUGAGAGAACCGGUAAAUUGGCUGUCAGACCACCAACAUUACACAUCAACUUCAGUUUCAGAAAGUAGAUCACUAGCUGUGAAGUGUUUGGAAUUUUCUAAGGCUGAGAGCUGCCGUACGAAAGUGUUCUCUUUUUCUAGUGCUAGAAUUGGAGCUGUCAAGACAUCAAAGAAAUAAAGGAACCUUCCCAGUUGAUGAUGGCGGAGAAGUUUAUUGUUGACAGCCCAGAUGUGACUUACACCAAAGAUUGUAUUGAGGCAGUGUAUCCCUAUCAGACUACACAGGUCUACGAAGAGAAUGGCUCAAUUAAGGUGAAGCCAUGUUCAACCAAAUUCACCUUCCGCACAGAGAGAAAGGUGCCAAAACUCGGAGUGAUGCUGGUUGGAUGGGGUGGUAAUAAUGGGACUACUGUUACUGCAGCGGUUCUGGCCAACAAGAUGGGACUUCACUGGAUGACCAAAACAGGAAAGAAGGUUGCUAAUUACUAUGGAUCCUUGUUUCAAGCCUCAACUGUGUGUCUAGGUGCUGGUCCUGCUGGUGACAUCUAUAUGCCUUUCAAGGACCUACUGCCCACAGUGAAUCCAAAUGACAUUGUUUUUGAUGGCUGGGAUAUUUCGUCUAUGAAUCUGUGUGAUGCCAUGGUGAGAGCUCAGGUGCUGGAUUGGCAACUUCAAGAACAGCUGAAGCCUCACAUGAGAAAGUUCCAGCCUCGACCUUCUAUUUACUUUCCAGAAUUCAUUGCUGCUAAUCAGGGUUCACGGGCAGAUAAUGUGAUUCAUGGUUCCAAAAAGGAGCAGGUGGAGCAAAUUAGAAAAGACAUCAGGGACUUCAAGGCAAAGAGUGGUGUUAACAAAGUGAUUGUUUUAUGGACGGCAAAUACUGAGCGCUUCUGUGAUGUCACUCGUGGAGUAAAUGAUACAGCAGGAAAUCUAAUGAAGACAAUUGAGUGUGGAGGAGAGAUAUCGCCAUCAUCUAUGUUUGCUGUGGCCAGCAUUUUGGAGGGCUGUGCCUACAUCAAUGGUUCUCCCCAGAACACUUUUGUGCCAGGGGUCAUUGAUCUUGCCAUCAAACACAAGGUGUUUAUUGGGGGUGAUGACUUCAAAUCUGGCCAGACUAAAAUCAAAUCUGUUCUGGUGGACUUUCUGGUCAGUGCUGGGCUAAAGACAGUCUCAAUUGUCAGUUAUAAUCAUUUGGGCAACAAUGAUGGGAAGAAUCUUUCUGCCCCAGAGCAGUUCAGAUCAAAAGAGAUCUCGAAGAGCAAUGUUGUAGAUGACAUGGUUCAAUCCAAUCCUAUCCUGUACAGACCAUCUGAGAAGCCAGAUCAUUGUGUUGUAAUUAAAUAUGUCCCAUAUGUUGGAGAUAGCAAGCGUGCAAUGGACGAGUAUACAUCGGAGAUCAUGAUGGGUGGCACCAACACCAUUGUCCUCCAUAACACCUGUGAGGAUUCCCUGCUUGCCAGUCCUCUUAUUCUGGAUCUGGUAAUCCUGACUGAGCUCUGCCAAAGGAUAACAUUCCGAACUGAAUCAGACACUGAAUUCCAAACAUUCCACAGUGUUCUCUCAAUUCUCAGCUACCUCUGUAAGGCCCCAUUGGUGCCAGGUGGAACACCAGUUGUUAAUUCUCUCUUCAGGCAAAGGACAUGCAUUGAGAAUAUUUUGAGAGCCUGUCUGGCUCUUCCUCCUCAGAACCACAUGCUUCUGGAACACAAGAUGCAAAGGAGUUUCAUGAGUACCCAGAUAACUGAUCACUUGGCAGCUCAGCCUGUACCUCGUAAAACUGCAAAACUUGACAAUAUCCUCAACAAGAACCAUGUCAUAAAUGGUUAUAUGAAUGGCUGUUAAUUAACUUUACAGAUGUUAUUGAAAUUUUGUUGGGUUACUUCUGGUCUGUUGGGCUUCUGGAUUUUGGGCUCUAAACUGUUCUACAGCUGUAUCUAAUAUGCUCCUUAACUGGAAGAUGAAUGCUGUUAUGCUUAACAGCCCCAUACCUUGGAUGGCUGUAGAUAUAUCUAGUUUUUAUUGUUGAAAUACAGGGCAUAAAGUUUUGUGGGUUAUUUUAAUGUUGAAUGUAUUCAUAGCCUAUUUGUCACAAGUUAUGUUCUAUAAAGAGCACAAUCUAAAGAUGUAACCAUAUCCUAGGAUUCUAAAAUAAAAUUCUUCAUCUUGAA